AUGGGAGAAGGAAGAGAAGGGGAUUGGGAGUGCAGUGGAUGUCAAAACAGGAACUAUGCGUUUAGAUCUUUUUGUAAUAGAUGUAAGCAACCUCGACUUCUUGUUGAUUACAAAACCCCACCUGAUUCUAAAUGGCUCCCUCGUAUUGGUGAUUGGAUCUGCACUGGUUGCACUAACAACAAUUAUGCAUCACGAGAAAAGUGCAAGAAGUGUGGGCAACCGAAGGAGGUAGCAGCAAUGCCAGCAAUUGCAAUGCCUGGAGUGUCUCUCCCAACUCAUCAACAUUAUUUCGCCAGGAGCCCUGGAGGACCAGACCAAAGGUUGAAUAUUGGAUUAGCAGGCAAUGGUGUUCUCCAGCAAUCACUAUCCUUGAAUUCAAGCUGGUCUGCUGGAGGGGUUGAUGGUUAUGGAGUUCAGCAGCAGAAUUCGACUUGGCCAUUAGGUGGAAACCAGGUUUCUGGACCUUCAUAUGCAAACCCUCUAAAUCAGCCUCCUCUUCCUCCAAUACCUAAAGGAUGGCGAAAUGGUGAUUGGCUAUGCAAUUGUGGCUUCCACAAUUACUCUUCACGUGCACAGUGCAAAAAGUGCAAUGCUUCUUUGCCACCAGUUGGAACAAAGCGACUGGCAUCUGAAGAAUUUGUUCAGGAUUGGGAGAACAAAAGAUUAAAUUCUGGAAAUACGGAUGGGCAACUGCAGUCAUAUCCAGGCUUCAAUCAAAUGGCAGGGAACAAUGGUGACCCAAGUUCAGGAGUUUAUGCUCACUAUCCCAGUUAUAGUACAGAAUUAGCUCCAAAUUGGCAAGCACCAGUGCAAAUUCCACAUCAAUCAACAAUGCCUGCACUCCUUGGAAAAGGAGCCAAGCAAUGGCGAAGUGGAGAUUGGAUGUGCACAAAUUGCAACAAUCAUAACUAUGCAUCUCGUGCACUGUGCAACAGGUGCAAGACGCUAAGAGAUGUGGUUCCUCAGCCAGUUCCUCAGCCAGUCAAUGUUGUAUAG